AUGUCUAGGUCCCAUUAUCCUGACAAAUUAGAGGAAUCGGAGCCGCCCAGUGUAGACAACAACAGCCUCGGAGUUCUCCGGUCUGCGCCAGGCGCGGCAGCAGAUUGUGGGAGACAGGGAUUACAUGCCAGGAUCUUCGGAGGAGACAGGGCGAUCCCGGGGGAAUGGCCAUGGCAUGCCACUCUGAGCUUCAACGGGAAGCCAUUUUGUGGAGGAAGCCUGAUCUCUGAGAAAUGGCUCCUCACGGCUGCUCACUGCUUCGAAAGUACGGCCACUGAAGAUAAAAGGGACCCCACACAGUGGAGAGUACACCUGGGGGUCACCAGAAUGGGAUAUGAGCCCGAGGAAAACUCAGCAGUCACCAUUAGGCCAUCCAAGAUUGUGAUACACGACAGCUAUGUCAACUACAUCCAAGGAUAUGACAUUGCCCUGGUGGAACUGUCCAUACCCGUAACUUUUACGAGAUUCAUUUCUCCGGUUUGCCUCCCAAAGAGUACCCACCGAUUUAACCUGCGCAGCACCUGCUAUGCCACUGGCCUUCAAGAUGUUCCAGAUGGUGUCCCCUUGGACAGUCAGAGGUCACUGCAAAAAGUCUCUCAAACACUGAUUGGUUGGAAAACAUGUAACUGUAUCUACAAUAGUCAUAAGAGCCUCGACGUGUCCAGCCCUGCAAAGGCCAGCAUGCUGUGUAUCGUUGACACUUUUGGACAUAAAGGUCCCUGUCUCGGAGACUCAGGGGGUCCCGUAGUCUGCAACGAAGAAGGAGUUUGGUUCCUUGCCGGAGCCAUCAGUUUUUCCCAAGGUUGUCACCUACAAGAUAAUCCCACCAUUCUGACUUCAGCGUCCUUCUAUCAAAACUGGAUCCAGCAGUCCACGGAUUCCUCUGCAACCUUCUCUGACCAGUCCAGUACUGUUACCGUUGAUGAGGAUAAUGAUACCUGCAGUGACCUUCUCAGUAAUCUGACCUCAGGAUGUGGAUAUUCCGACAUUGAAACUUUUGGCUCGGUAAGCCCCGGGCCUUGGCCUUGGCAAGUGGACCUAUGGAAAGAGGAUCAGCGGGCGUGUGGAGGGGCUCUGAUCUCAACCAACUGGGUUAUAACUGCCGCACAGUGCUUCGUUGGCCUGGACCCUUCCGAUUCCCCAUCAGACUGGUCGGUCACCGUGGCCUCCGGGACUCAAGCAAUGAGGCAACUUGCCGUGCAGAAGAUCAGUAUUCACGGAUCCUACAUCACUCCAGAACAGGGGAGCAACGUGGCCCUCGUCCAGCUUUCCAUGCCAGCACCAUUAGGUCCCUACACCGAGCCAAUAUGCCUUCCCCAAUCUUCCCAUAAAAUUCCAUAUAACUCCUCCUGUUGGUUUAGCGGCAACGAUGGAGAUCAACCAGGUGCCAAAAUACAGUCUUCCCGAGGAGUGAAGAUGGAUCUGGUUGGCCCUAACCAAUGCAACUGCAUUUAUAGUCGUCCAAAUUCUGACCAUCCCAGUAUCUCUAUACUGCCUGGCAUGAUAUGUGCCACUAGGCCGGAGAAUAUUGGGGACCAGUGUCUGAAUGAUUUCGGGGGACCUCUGGCCUGCAGGGAGAAUAAGACCUGGUUCCUGAUUGGAGUACAAAGCUUUCGAGGAGGUUGUGACACUUUACUGCCUGAGGUGUUCACUGAUCUCACACAGUACGAAAGUUGGAUAUUCCGGGAGACACGAGACGCCGCCUUCCGACCACAGUUGGAUACUCGCCCUCCAGAGCUGGAUACAGAUAGGUGCUCAUAUAAUAGCCCAAGAGCUUGCGGACGGUCAGUCACUUCUCCUGCCCCAGGCUCUAUUGAUGGCGUCACAGAGAAGACGUGGCCAUGGCAGGUCAGCGUACAGCUGUACGGAUCCCACGUUUGCUCCGGUGUACUGAUCGCAGAAACCUGGUUUCUCAUCGCCGCUCACUGCAUGCCCAGGUAUACCACCAUCAGUGAGUACACAGUAUCACUGUCCAGACAGUUCCAGGAUAAACCCAAUCCCCGAGAGGUGACACGUAAGAUCAAGAGAGUGGUGCCCUACCCUGGAUACAAGGCGAAGACUGGCGAAGAUGACCUGGCACUGGUGGAGAUGUUCUACGGAAUUACAUUCAGUGACUACAUCAUGCCCAUUUGCCUCACUGAUGAGCAGUCUACAUUUCCUCCCACUAAAUGUUGGGUCAGCGGCUGGGGAAGAUUGCACCCCACAGACAGCAUCUCCUCCACUCUAACCCUGAGACACCUGGAGGUCUCUCUGUUAGACAUGAAGAACUGCGGAGCUCAAGAAAACAUUAUACAGAGUGGAGGACGAUUGUGCGUAGCCGGUAAAAGAGACAACACGUUGACCUGCCUGAUGGAUUCCAGUGCUCCACUUGUAUGCCAACCAAAGCCUGGUGGUCCGUGGUUGUUGUACGGUAUCACCAGCCAGAGUUCUCCACCCAAGAAGAAUUCAUGUCCUGGAAACUUCACCAUAGUCAUGUCCAAACUGGCCUGGAUCCGAGAGGUGGUUCCCAGAAAGGACCUCAGUUACUUGGACAGUAUUAAGACAAAUGACUCUGUUCCUUCUUCCAACACAACAAGUGUUCCACCACCCCUACCCAGCACAACACCGAUCCCGCACACCGCCAACACCACUUAUGGCAACGUCACCAUCAAGACAGGUGGUCCUUGCCCAGGUAACAACAUGGGGGAUGGAGUCACUUGUACUGGACACACAGCCACCACUCCCCACAUCGUGAGCUCCACCACUAAAGAUGGGAACCAACGCACCAACUCCACAACGGGCUCCGGUGCAGAAUCCUUAUGGUGGGACCGAUCUACACAUUGUAUUCUGCUUCUCCUCAGCUUUAGUCUGUGCCGUUGAGGAACCUCAGAUACUUGUAGCUGGUUUUUGAGCCUCAUGAGCAGAAUUCGUGAUAAGUGUUCAUCAGGGACGUGCACACAUUGACAAGAAAGGCGGCUUGAGCCCCUGCCCUUUUGACACUGGGGCAUCAUAAUGUGGGCAGUAAAUAAUUAAUUAUGAGAAGUGCCCUUUUUUUUCACUUCAGGCCUUGACCCCUCAAAAUAUCUGUGCACGUCCCUGGUGUUCAUACCCACAACAUUUCCUUUCCACAAGUCUACAUGGAAUCAGAAAACAUGAAGCUGUUAUACCACAGAUGACCACUGGGGGCAAAUGUUUAUCUAGUCUAUUGUUACUUACACUUUGUAGACUCUUCUGAAGAGGAUGGAUGUAUACCUCCCCUGGGGGCGGAGUUAUGCAGAUUUGUCAUGUAAAUAAGUCAUUUCUUAAAGUAACUGAGUACACGUAGGAGGAUUAGCAUUAUGGUUCAGACUUUGUAUAUAUUUCUUUUUAUUGCAGACAGUCUUUUGAAA